GGGCUGACGGCUCAACAUGGCGAGGGCCGUCCCAGGCCAGAGGAAAGCCAGAGGGCAGAGUCUCCUGGGGUGAGGGAGAGCCCCCUAGGACCUCUGGAGAGAAGCAGCUCCUUGGAGUUCUCCAGCUGGGAGAAGAUGCCCUUCCACCAUGUCACAGCUGGCUUGUUGUACAAAGGAAACUACCUGAACCGCUCCAUCUCGGCUGGCAGCGACAGCGAACAGUUGGCCAACAUCUCGGUGGAGGAGCUCGAUGAAAUUCGUGAAGCUUUCAGAGUGUUGGAUCGUGAUGGCAAUGGCUUCAUCUCAAAACAGGAGCUGGGGAUGGCGAUGCGCUCUUUGGGCUACAUGCCUAGUGAAGUGGAAUUAGCGAUUAUCAUGCAACGCCUUGACAUGGAUGGAGAUGGUCAAGUUGAUUUUGAUGAAUUCAUGACAAUCCUUGGUCCAAAACUGGUGUCAUCGGAAGGGCGGGAUGGUUUUCUGGGAAACACAAUUGACAGCAUAUUCUGGCAGUUUGACAUGCAACGGAUAACAUUGGAAGAGCUAAAACACAUCCUCUACCAUGCAUUUCGGGAUCACCUUACAAUGAAAGACAUUGAAAACAUCAUCAUCAAUGAAGAAGAGAGUUUAAAUGAGAACUCUGGCAAUUGCCAAACAGAAUUUGAAGUGCAUUCCCAGAAACAGAACAGACAGACGUGUGUACGGAAGAGCUUAAUAUGUGCUUUUGCUAUGGCCUUUAUUAUCAGCGUCAUGUUAAUUGCAGCCAAUCAGAUCCUCCGAAGUGGCAUGGAGUAGCCAUAACACUGUGAAUCAAAACUAUCCAUGCAUGCGCAUGCCGCCAGGUGAUCUUUCUCCCUAAUCAACUUUAAAUGGGCAAAAUUGAAACCCACACAUGAGCGAGAGAGACAGCAAAGAAGAAUGGACCAGGAAAGGACCUAAGGCACACGAUGUCUUGUAAAUCAACUCUAUUCUCCUUGGCAGGGACAUACAAGGGCUGACUUAAUGCUUUAACGGUUUUUUUGUUUCUUAAUGCAAUAAAAAAAAAACCUGUAA